AUGUCUUGGCAAGCUUAUACUGAUAAUUUAAUAGCAGGUAAUAAAUUAGAUAAAGCUGCUUUAUAUUCAAGAAAUGGUGAUUCUUUAUGGGCACAAUCUGGUCAAUUUCAGUUAGACAAUAAAGAAAUUUCAGAAAUUGCAAAAGGUUUUGAUGAUCCUUCUAAUUUACAAGCUCAUGGAUUAUAUGCUCAACAACAAAAAUAUUUUCUUUUAAGAAAUGAUGAUAGAUCAUUAUAUGGUAAACAUGAAGCUGAAGGAUUAAUUUGUGUUAGAACUAAACAAACUAUUUUAAUUGCUCAUUAUCCUAGUGGAGUUCAACCUGGAGAAGCUACAACUAUUGUUGAAAAAUUGGCUGAUUAUUUAAUUGGUGUUGGAUAUUAA